AUGUUUUCCAUGCGGGGUGUUGAUUUUGGACCCGAGUGUUCACAAGUACCCCAUUUGGAUAUAUCGACUAGCAUUAAGGAUCCAUCGAUAUCCAACUCCUCAAGUUUAAGAUACACGGCUGAUAAAUUAACUGUCGUUCUAAUGGAAAGUGGAGGGAAGACCCCUAGACGGGAACUUGCCACUGUUGGCAACUUAACUUCUAGAAAUAAAGCACACAUAUUAAAUGAAGCCGCUAAUCCUGCCAAUUUCUUUUCACGACAGAACGCUGUAGAUGUGGUGGAACAUUCUUAUCUCCAUCAUGUAUCCAAACAGAGAGCAGAAUCAAAAUCUCCACGGAAUUUACGCGGUGCACCCGAACGCAGGCUUAGAUUUGCAUGA